AUGUCUCGGCCUGACGAGACAUUGGCGGCCGCUGCGGCAAUUCUACGUGGAUUGGCCAGAGGCUCCCACUCAAACCCCUCCACCAAUGGCUUGAAGCUGCCGUCCUACAAACUUCCUGGAGACGAUAGUCCCUCCAAGGAUGAGUUCGAAGCUGAAGUAGGCGCCCUCGUCAGACGGAUACACUACCUCGAAUCAAGAGCAGACGUGGUGGGCCGUUCGCUGCCAGACACGCCAGGUGAAUUCCAGAGUCCUUCAUCGCCCUUGUCACGCCCAAUCGAGCCUCGGGGCCCUCUGGGAGAGCCAUACACUGAUCCCAUCGUGGUCUCUCCCAACAAACCGUCUCUGAACUCCAAUCAGUCGAGGCGCGUCAAUAGCCUGCUGGCCGCAAGAGAUUCGCUAGGCCCUUCUGAACUCGGCCGCACGGUCAGCGAAGAUGAUAUAAGCGUCCUGCGGGAGCAUGUCGAAAGACAGGCGGAGCAGAUCAAGAGCCAGAGAGAGACCAUUGCCGAGAUCAGUCGCGGUCUCCGAAAUUCUGAAGAGCAGGCUAAACAAGCAUUCAUGCGAGUGGAGAAUGAAGAUGUUUCCAUCCUUGAGCGGGAACUGCGCAAGCAUCAGCAGGCCAAUGAGGCAUUCCAAAAAGCCCUCCGUGAAAUCGGUGGCAUUAUCACUCAGGUUGCCAAUGGCGAUCUGUCCAAACGCGUCCAGAUUCAAGCCACCGAAAUGGAUGACGAGAUUGCGGCGUUCAAGGUUACCAUCAACACCAUGAUGGACCAGCUUGAGAUAUUUGGAAGUGAAGUGACCCGUGUCGCGCGAGAGGUCGGGACGGAAGGUAUUUUGGGAGGUCAAGCCCAAAUCAGCGGAGUUCACGGAAUCUGGAAAGAAUUGACCGACAACGUAAAUAUAAUGGCCGCAAACUUAACCGAUCAAGUCAGAGAAAUUGCGACGGUCACCAAAGCCGUCGCUUGUGGCGAUCUGAGCCAGAAAGUGCGGAGUCGUGCCAAAGGGGAAAUAUUCGAGCUCCAGCAUACCAUCAAUACGAUGGUCGAUCAACUACGAACGUUCGCCACGGAAGUCACGCGAGUGGCCAGAGAUGUCGGAACCGAAGGCGUAUUGGGUGGCCAAGCCCAGAUCGAUGGAGUCCAGGGUACCUGGAAUGAAUUGACCAAGAGUGUGAACGCAAUGGCAGACAACUUGACCACGCAAGUGCGGGAUAUCGCCAUGGUCACGACCGCUGUGGCCAAAGGCGAUCUGACCCGAAAGGUGACCGCCAGUUGCAAAGGCGAGAUUCUCCGUUUGAAAAUUACGAUCAACAACAUGGUGGACCAACUGCAGCAGUUUGCGCAGGAAGUGACCAAUUUAGCCAAAGAAGUCGGAACGAAUGGUGUCUUGGGGGGUCAAGCGACCGUCCAUGAUGUCGAAGGCACUUGGAAGGACCUCACGGAGAAUGUGAACGGCAUGGCCAUGAAUCUGACCACCCAAGUGCGAGAAAUCGCCGCCGUCACCACCGCCGUGGCCAAUGGCGACUUGUCGAAGAAAGUGACCGCUGAUGUUCAAGGCGAGAUUCUUGAUCUCAAAAUAACCAUCAAUUCCAUGGUGGACAGGUUAAAUACCUUUGCCUUUGAGGUCAGCAAAGUCGCGAGGGAGGUCGGGACCGACGGUACACUUGGUGGACAGGCAAAAGUGGACAACGUCCAGGGCAAGUGGCGGGAUCUCACCGACAACGUCAACACGAUGGCAUCCAACCUGACGGACCAAGUCCGAGGUAUUUCGGACGUGACCCAAGCCAUCGCGGCCGGUAACUUGGGCAAGAAGAUUGAGGUGCAGGCCCAAGGAGAAAUCCUCACGUUGAAGGUGACGAUCAACAACAUGGUCGACCGACUGGCCACAUUCGCACAUGAACUGCGAAGAGUGGCUCGAGACGUGGGCGUCAACGGCAAGAUGGGCGGUCAAGCCAAUGUUCACGAUGUCAGUGGUCGUUGGAAGGAGAUCACGGAAGACGUCAACACCAUGGCCGAGAAUUUGACGGCUCAGGUUCGUGCCUUUGGAGAGAUUACGGAUGCAGCGACUGAGGGAGACUUCUCGAAACUGAUCAGCGUCAACGCGUCGGGAGAAAUGGACGAAUUGAAGCGAAAGAUCAACCAGAUGAUAUCGAACCUGAGGGACAGCAUUCAAAGGAACACGGCAGCUCGAGAAGCGGCCGAAUUGGCCAACCGCACCAAGUCGGAAUUUUUGGCGAAUAUGUCGCACGAAAUCCGGACCCCGAUGAAUGGAAUCAUCGGCAUGACCCAGCUCACCCUCGACACUGAUGACCUGAAGCCACAUUCACGAGAAAUGCUCAACACGGUGCACAACCUGGCAAACAGUCUGCUGACCAUUAUUGACGACAUCUUGGAUAUCUCCAAAAUUGAGGCGAAUCGCAUGGCAAUCGAGGCUAUUCCCUACACGAUUCGCGGAACUGUCUUCAACGCACUCAAGUCGUUGGCAGUCAAGGCGAAUGAGAAGUCGCUAUGUCUGGCCUUCGAGGUCGACAAUACGGUUCCUGAUUACGUCGUCGGAGAUCCUUUCCGACUCCGACAAAUCAUCCUCAACCUGGUAGGCAAUGCCAUCAAAUUUACCGACCAGGGCGAAGUCAAGGUGACCAUCAAGAAGUCGAAAGACCUGAUGUCGAACUGUGCGCCCGACGAAUUUCCAUUCGAGUUUGUGGUAUCCGAUACCGGCAUUGGCAUCCAGUCGGACAAGCUUGAUCUCAUUUUCGACACGUUCCAGCAAGCGGACGGCUCGACCACCAGGAAAUUCGGCGGCACCGGUCUUGGUCUCUCCAUCUCCAAGCGUUUGGUCAACCUCAUGGGGGGCCAAGUGUGGGUGACUUCAGACUUUGGUCAUGGGAGCGAGUUCCAUUUCUCGUGCAUCGUCAAAUUUGCGACCGAGGACAUCAGUGUCAUAAGCUCCCAGCUCUAUCCCUUCCGAAAGCACAAGGUCCUCGCGGUGGACAAGGGCGUGUCCAAUUUCUUUCAGCGUUUACCCGCGUUGAUUGAGGAGCUGGGUCUCCAGGUCCUCGUGGUGCAAGAUGUGUCCAACGUGCCGGAUCCGGUCAGUGACGGAAAAGGAAGAUCCGCCGACGGAUAUGACGUGAUUGUGAUCGACGAGAUCCAGACGGCACACAAACUGCGAGAGCUCGACAAGUUCAAGUAUAUCCCGAUGGUGCUCCUGAACCCAACCGUGUCGAUCAGCCUGAAGACGGUGCUGGACCUCGGCAUUGCGUCGUAUAUGACGACUCCCUGUCAGUUGAUUGACCUGGGCAAUUGCAUGAUCCCCGCUCUCGAAGGCCGGUCGACGCCGAUCAUCAAGGAUUACAAAAAAUCAUUCAAUGUGCUCCUGGCGGAAGACAACGAGGUCAACCAGAGGGUGGCCAUCAAGAUUCUCGAAAAGUACAAUCACGUUGUGACGGUGGUGAGCAACGGGUUGGACGCCGUCAACGCCGUCAAGGCUGACCGGUUCGACGUGGUGCUGAUGGACGUGCAAAUGCCCGUGAUGGGAGGAUUUGAGGCGACCCGAGAAAUUCGGCAGUACGAGAAAGAAACGGGACUGCCCCGAACGCCGAUCGUGGCGCUGACGGCGCAUGCCAUGCUGGGAGAUCGCGAAAAAUGCAUUCAGGCGCAAAUGGACGAAUACUUAUCGAAGCCCCUUAAGCAGAAUCUCCUGAUGCAGACGAUUCUCCGAGUGGCGUCCGACGGAGUCACCGCCAUGUUCAACAAACACGCUCGAACCAAGUCGACCGCGACGACGAAUGGGAAUACUACGAAUAAGCAGGAAGAAUGCCGCACCAAGGUCGAGCCACCUCCGACAUCGAGUCUGAGACCUCCCUUCUCGGAGAGAUCGAUCACGACGUCCGGACCCGUGAACCACCGCAGUGCUGGAAGCCCUGCCACUGCUAAAGACGGUGAACCUGAUCCGAUGUCGGCUGUUAAUUCCGUACGUUCGAUGUCUUGGUCUGGGUGA